ACCUGCAGUGUUAUACGCCUGAAGCUGCCAGCAGGUCAUGGGACAUACCAAGUCCGGAUGACUGUGUAUCAGGAUCCCGACUUCACCCAGCUGUUCAGUGGCACCGUGGCAAGUCCAUCUGAUGAGAAGAUCUACGUAGCCGUGGAUGUGGAUGGAGUGGACAGCCGCCAGUUCUCCAGUGUGUUGGACUUCUGUUGGGCCACACCCAUCAAUGAUUCAGCCUUCGCCAUCAACUGGGACCUCAUCACUAACCAGUGUCCGAACCCAGAGGACGGCACAGUGGAGGUGGUGAGAAAUGGGCUGUCCAUAAGCAGCAUUUUCUCCUUCAGGAUGUUCACUUUUGAUGGGUACCCCUCUCAGGUGUACCUUUACUGCAGCCUACACCUCUGCCCUCUGCAGGACAACAGCUGCACACCGAACUGCAAUCCUGGCUCUCAGCAUAGAGGACGCAGAUCUGCAGACAACAGAGACAACAUCACUGUUUCUUUUGGGCCACUGAGUUUCCCUGCUAAGAAUACAGAUGUGCUGGAUAUUCUGGCUCCAAUGCCAAAGAGACACUCUCCCAAGCUGUAAAGAUCUUUCAUCUCCACUCCUCUUAAUUCUCUUUUUGGCCUUUGAUAUAAAAUCAUACCUUUUACCUACAGGCCGAACUUCAUGAUUGUUGACUUAAUGAGUAUUACAAUUCCACCUGCUUUGAUUUUAAUAGUCCAUGCUCAUGUGUGUGGUCUCGACUGUUGUGAGCAAAAUAACUGAUUUAAUUGAAAUAUGCACAUAUUAAUAAAAUUACUUUGAUCAGAAAAGUAAUGUCACAUUUUAUAUGAUUAAAACAAUAAACACAUAGUUUUGACAAAAAUAAUUGUACUGGUCUACUUGUCGGUUGCUGCUAACGUUAUGCAAUGAAAUGUGUGCAAAGAAUAUUGGGCCUUCUUCUAAGGGCAAAUAGAGCCCUCAGAGUUUUGAGACAUGACUGAUAAUAUGUCAUCUCAGACAUGAGUUACAAGGUAUUCCAGUCACAUUCAACGUGUUUGGAUCAAUGCUUAUUAUGCCUCUCUAGGUCAAAUGGAAUGCAGUGGAAUGUUUACGACAAUGAAACCAAUGAGUGGGUAAUGAAUUGAAAAAGCUAAACUAAUAUUACAUGAAGAAGUACUAAAUCAGUU